CCAUAGUUGACAUGAUCUUACCAAGAUUCUGUGGUCCUUAGUUGAGUCGGUCCUAGCUAAGUGGCGAGGAGUGGAACUGAUCCUUCAUCGUGCACCUUUUACGAUGGUUGACCUACAUAGUGGAAAGAGCACCACCCCUUACACGAAAGCUCAGGAAGAGCAAGCCGCCACCGUACUUCAAGAGAGAAAAGAGAAGGAGGCCAAGAAGGAGUUGAUUAAACAGGCCAAAAAGUUGGCCCUACAGGUGGAGCAGGCGGCGAAGAGGAAAAAAUUGGGGGAAGAGAUGGAGAGAUUGAAAAAGGAGGAGGAAGAAAAGAUGAAAGCAGUAGAAGAAGAAGAGAUAGAAGAGGAAAAGGAGGAGGAACCCCUGAUCAGAAGAAGCGCAGGGCAGAGAGGGGAAUCCAAGAAGGUUUUCGAGUGGGUGGCGAACUUAUCCUUGGGGGAAGAAGAAGAAGCCAUGUUGUAUGUUCCCAGGGAGGAGAAGGAAGCAGUUAUCAGGGAGUUGGAGGAAGAAGAAGACCCCUUGAUGCGUCAGACGAUAGAGGAUGAGAAAAAGUUACAGCGGAAGUUGCGUCUUACGACGGAGAAGAAGAGAAGGAUGGAUGAGGUCUUGGAGAAGCUUAGAGAAGCUAACUUCAAGAUCAACGCAAAGAAGUGCGAAUGGGCGAAGACCCAAGUUUUGUACUUAGGCCACGUCCUAGACGGAGACGACAUAAAACCUAAAGACAGAAAGAUUGCAGUGAUUAGAGAUUGGCCAACGCCUCGCACGCUGACAGAGUUGCGGUCGUUCUUAGGCCUAGCUAACUACUAUAGGAAGUUGGCAAACUUCUCCACCAUCGCUGCACCCCUUCGCAGGUUGCUAAAGAAAGAAGCAAUCUGGAAGUGGGACAAGGACUGUACAUCAGCCCUGAAGAAGCUAAAGCGGGCGUUGAUAGAGUAUCCAGUCCUUAAGGUAGCCGAUCCGUCCCUGCCUUUUGUUGUUACCACUGACGCGAGUCAGUAUGGCAUAGGUGCUGUUUUACAUCAAGACGAUGGCAAUGGAUAUAGGUCCGUAGAGUUCAUGCCUGCCAGGAUGCCUUCAAAGAAGGUAGCGACAUCCACCUAUGAGAGGGAACUCUACGCUCUCAGGCAAGCAUUACAGCACUGGAAGCAUUACUUGCUUGGGAGGCACUUCAAAGUCUAUUCAGACCACGAGACAUUAAGGUGGUUGAAGACACAGGCCAAGAUGACAUCUAAGCUUACUAGGUGGGCCGCAACGUUAUAUCAGUAUGACUUUGAACUUAAGCCUGUCAAAGGGAAGUACAAUGUAGUUGCGGACGCUCUAAGAAGGAGAGCUGAUUACUUUGGGGCAAUAGUUCACUAUCUAGAUAUAGGGAGAGACCUGCAGCAGAAAAUUCAGAGGUUACCGCCUGGUACACGAGAGUUUUCGAUACAGCACGAGAAAGAGAUAGGUACUGCUGUUGAUAACCUCAGGAAAGCCCAGCACAGGAUGAUAGAGCAAGCUAAUAAGCACCGUCGCCCCUCGCAGUUUCAAGUAGGCGACUUAGUCUGGGUCAAGUCAAAAGAGUUUGCUCCUGAGGAGAACAUCUCACAGAAGUUGUUGCCUGCGUAUAGAGGACCGUGGCCAGUCUUAGAAGUCAAGGGUGGAGAGGAUGGGCCGUCCUAUACUAUUGAGAUUCCAGCACACCUCCACAUGUACCCAAUGUACCAUGCGUCAAAGCUGUUGCCUUGCAGCACAAGUCCACAGAUUCCAUCACGGCGAUCCAUGAUCCCUCCGGAUAUGGAUGGAAGAUACGACAUUGAUGGUACAGUAGGAAGCUUGAACAGUCGUGAUAUCACAUGUGCCAGCUUUGUGCGUAUGCGGCAAAUAGGAGCACAGAUUAACACAAUGGUACCGACCGGUGAAACAUGUUUCCUUGAGCCGCUGCAAGUUGCAGAGUGGAAGCCCGGCAAUGCGCGGCUGACGUCCCCAUGCUAUGGCUCCAAGCUAGAACUGAUGUCGAUGGAACAGGACACCGGGGCACUGCCACGACGCAGUGCCAGGCUUGCAGUUCGCGCCCGUUCUGUGGUACCUCCACGCACCAAGUAUCAGCAACAGCGAAUCAGCAGGCGGACGACUCCAGCAGCAUCGAAUACAACAUUGACAGUACUGGUUCCCAUCGGAGUUCUUCCCGCAUGUCCGGUCCAAGGGGCCCAUGAACCGUUGGCUGACUACCUUGGGCGGCUACAGGUAUUCACGGAUGCCGUAGCUACCGCCAAGGCUCAGCAGGAGGCAGCAGAGGCAGAACGUCAGCGGCUGGCCAAUGAGGCGGCAGCCCAAGCUCAACAGACUGCUGAGGCUGACGCAGCGGCACAAGACAGACGGAAUGCCGCCAGCACGGAGUCCCUGAUUCAAAGUGAGAAUCAGUGGACAACGCUACUCCAAGGCAUGUUCUUUGUGCCUACGGGCGCGCGUGCCGCAGCAACACAGCAGCAGCAACAGCAACAGUUGUUGAACUCAACUCUCGCGCGCAUCAACAACAUUGAGGCUAAGACCUCAGCAGCGCCAGGCUGCACGACAGACGCGACGAAGCAGCUCAACGAGCGCAUCGAUCACGUCGUCACCAUCAUUGGCGAACUAGGUGAUUUCACUAGUCCGGCCACGAUCAGCAGCACGGCGGCCGCCAUCAAGACGAGCAUCACCAAACUGCAGACAAGACUGGACGCCGCUACUAAGAAUUACAAGAUGCCGCACUUCGACGUCAGCAAGUUCGACGACUACAACAAGUCGGACGCCUUGACAUGGUGGCAAAGUUUCCUCACGGAAGCAUCAUGCCGCACUGUCCCGGCUGACGACAUGAUGAAGGCGCUCUACUUACAACUGAUUGGAGGAGUGCAGGCAUGGAUGAACCAUCUGGCGGCUACCAAGAAAUGCACCAUCGCCGAACUCCACACGCACAUCACGUGGAAGGAGUUCGAGAAGCUAUGGUUCACUCGGUUCAUGGUCCGCAACGUCGUGAAGGCGGCCAUGAACGAGGUGUACACCUGCUCUCAAGGGAGUAUGCCAACUCGAGACUGGACAACCAAGUGGCAAAAGAUAGUGACCACGCCAGGCUUCGAUUUGACUCGGAAUGACGUCGAGGAGAUGGGCCUUGUAUUCUUGCAUGCUCUCCCCUCGCCGGACGGACCAGCCGCGUCACCGUCGGACCCACGCAUCACUCACCUCUUGAACGAGUAUGGAGACGUCUUCGAGGCUCCCACCGGAACGGUUCCGGAUCGGCCCAUACGUCACGGGAUCACUCUCGAGGUUGGCGCCGUCCCUCCGCGUGGAUGUAUCUACCGCAUGAGCGAAGAGGAACUCGAGGUGCUUCGCGCACAACUCGAUGACCUUCUCGACAAAGGCUGGAUUCGCCCUAGUUGCUCGCCAUACGGUGCCCCUAUUCUCUUCGUCCGGAAGAAGAACAAAGAUUUACGGUUAUGCAUCAACUAUCGCAACGCACAAACCGUAAAGAACGUCGGCCCUCUCCCUCGGAUUGAUGAUCUCCUUGAGCGGUUAGGCGGCGCGACGUACUUCUCGAAGUUGGACUUGAAGUCGGGUUACCACCAGAUUGAAAUCCAGCCUCAAGAUCGGUACAAGACCGCGUUCAAGACGCGGUACGGGCAUUUUGAGUGGGUCGUCAUGCCAUUUGGCCUCACCAAUGCCCCCGCGACUUUCCAAGCAGCUAUGACGACUGAGUUUCGCGACUUGCUCGAUCGUAGCGUCCUCAUCUACCUCGACGACAUCUUGGUUUAUAGUAGGACGUUGGACGAACACAUCGUACACCUUCGCACUGUUUUGGAUCAUUUGAGACUAGCGAAGUACAAAGCGAAUUCGACAAGCAUUCGUCCCUUAGCGGACAAGAUCCAAGCCAUCGUGGAUUGGCCGGAACCCCGUUGCACGACGGAUGUACGCUCUUUCAUGGGUUUGGCUGGAUAUUAUCAGCGCUUCGUCGAGUCAUACUCGAAAGUGGCCGCUCCUUUGUCGAGACUUCAGUCCUUCGAGUUCGACGACGCAGCCCGUGGCGCGUUCACUACGUUGAAGGCAACGAUGCAAGUCGCACCUGCCCUCCGUAUGUACGACCCCACCCUUCCCACCCAAGUGACUACGGACGCUUCAGGAUACGAUAUUGGUGCGGUGUUGGAACAGUGUCACGAGGACGGUUGGCAUCCGGUCGAGUAUUUCUCCCAAAAGGUGCCUCUCGUCAACACUCUCGAUGACGCUAGGAAGAGAGAGCUACUCGCGUUCGUCACUGUUCUCAAACAGUGGCGCCACUUUCUUUUCGGCCGUCGGCGUGUUAAAUGGAAUACGGACAACAAUCCGUUGACCUUUUACAAAACGCAGGAUACGGUCACUAGCACGAUCGGUCGAUGGAUGCAUUACAUCGACCAGUUCGACUUUGACCCGUGCCACAUUCCCGCGCCUGAGCUCGCACGAGUCUUGCACACCGGUUGGAUUACCAGCCAUGGUGUUCAGGAAGACAUAGUGAGCGACCGAGAUACUCGCUUCAUGUCGGCCUUUUCGACUUCCCUCAUGGCCGAGUCCGGUACGACAAUGAAGCCGAGCUCGGCUCGACACUUGCAGAUGGAUGGCCAGACGGAGCGAGCGCACCAGACCGCUCAGAUGAUGUUGCGUAUCCGUCCCGACCAGAAAGAUUGGGCUGACCGGCUUCUCGACAUCGAGUUCGCCUAUAACACUUCGGUGCACCCGGCGAUCUGCGUCACACCAUUCGAGCUACAUCAUGGUGGAGAGAAAGCACGGAUCUUCGCUGAUCUCCUUUUGCCACAGGCUGCCAACAUAGACGUCCCUUGCUCUCCCGCUUCCGUUCGGAAGUACCGGGACUUGCUGAUCAAAGUCCGCGCGAAUAUGCAAAAGGCUCAAAUCUGCAUGCAGCAGCAAGCCAACCGACGUCGACUUCCAUGUCCUUUCUGCGAGGGAGACCUUGUUUGGGUCCUCUCCGAGGAAUUUGCGCUCGAGCAGGACGUUUCGCGCAAACUCCUUCCGAAAUGGUUCGGACCAUGGGAAGUCACUUCUGCUGUUGGAGACGACCCCGCAGGUCCUUCCUUUGUGGUCAACAUUCCUCCGCACCUUACAGUGCACCGGGUCUUCCACCCGUCAAAGCUGGCCAUCUACACGCCACCUUCCGCCGACGAGUUCCCCGGCCGUCGAUCACAGGAUCCGCCUUCUAUGGACGGACAUCAGGAAGUGGACCGAGUCAUCACGCACCGCAAGUAUGGCAACAAGCCAAUGCAGUUCAAAGUCAUAUUCAGGCAAUGUGCGCCUGAUGACACUCGGUGGAUCUCUAGUGCAGACUUGCAGACUUCUUCACCCCUUAUCUUCGCCGACUAUGAGAAGCGACGCCUUGCCAAGGAAGCAGCUCGUCCCACCCGACCCAUCCUGGUGUUUGGUGGUCUGUUGUCAAGUUGCAUUGCACUCGGCCUCGUCGCUUCGUGUUCAUUCACGGAGGUAGUGCAACGUAGACUGCUGUUUCUGACAAUGGCGAUAACAGUACCCCGAAGAGUAUCCAUGAGGAAAUCUGUUCUUGCUGGUGGGGUGGUCGCUGCUGUGCUUCUUGUCAUUUUCGUUUUCCUCGCUUUCAAUUCUUUAUCCCUCAGUCUUCAGGCAAAAACUGUUCUGCAGAAUGGACUUAGUGGGACCCCUGGGUCUGGCAUCCUUGAAGGAGAUUUUAUCAGUGUGCACGGAUCGGUAGUUGCAAGGAGGGCUGCGGACCUUGCUAACAAUCGUUUUGUUGCUUGUACCAACUGGUGUAAAGAGGCCAACGAUCGUGCACACCAGUGCAUACUGCAAAGUGGAACGAGCGAAGACAUCAAUGCUGUGAACAACUCGAGCCCUGCUGCCGAGGAUCUCUUGACCGCCAGUGUCGAGGGGUACGAAGAGCUAUCAGCGCGUGAUGUUCUCCAAGUGACAGGAUCGCCGAACCAGCAGCAGCAGCAGCAGCAGAUGACAGACACAGGACUGCAGCUGGGAAGGGCGGCUUCGGCAGGUGUUGAUCCAUUUUGCUAUGGCACUGCUAAUCACAGUGCUUGGGGCAAAAUGGAUGACCGCCUCACGGGGUCUGGCUCUGUCCAGCGGUUCCUGUAUAUGAUGAGCCUUGCGAGCCAAGCCGUAUUUGGUGGUCGUGCUAAGGAAUCAAGUGCGGACCCCUCUCAGUUUGCCAACAUGAAUACCGCAGAUAUCGAGUUGCUAGAAGUGGCCUCCGAGAGGGCGAACCUCGCACCAAAGAUUGCCUUCAUGUUCCUUGUACGGGAUUCGUUGACCUUUGCCCCUCUAUGGGAGAAGAUAUUCCAUGGGCAUGAGAACCAGUACUCGGUUUAUGUACAUGCGACGGAGGCGUACAAACGCGGCCCGCAGGAGUCAGAUGUGUUUGAGAAGAGCGUGAUUUGCAGCAAACCGGUGAAGUGGGGGCGACCAUCCCUCGUCGAUGCCGAAAGACGAUUAAUUGCGAGCGCAAUUCUUGAUCCUCUUAACCAAAAGUUUGUCCUUUUGUCGGAGUCGUGCAUCCCCGUGCGAAACUUCUCUUUCAUUUACAGCUAUUUAAUGGACACAUCGAAGAGCUUCGUCGAGAUCGGACUUUUCCCAGAUCGAUAUCCACCAGAACUCGCCCCGCUUGUGAAAGUCGAACAGUUUCGAAAAGGUUCUCAAUGGGUAACCCUGAACCGUGUGCACGCGGCACUGGUUGUGGCGGACCGGGUCUAUUACCCACCUUUCAUGAGAUGGUGCCAGGGUUUUCCGCGGAGGUUUUGUAUUGGCUUUGCCACGAAGCGACGCUGCUGGAACUUCCCUAACGUUCUCUGUUUCGCUGAUGAACACUACAUGCAAACGAUGCUCCACAUUCUGGACGAGGGUGCCGUCCACCCGCGGACGUUGACCUGGCUUGAGUGGAUAUGGCAAAGUCCACACCCUCGCACACGCGGAGCCGGUGAUACUGACCUCGCCUUGCUGAAGCAGAUCCAAAAUGAUGCGACUUGUGAAUGGAAUGGGCUAAACCGGGAAUGCUUCUUGUUCGCCCGGAAGUUCUCCAAAGAUGCAUUGCCAAUCAUCCUGAGCCUCGGCAAGCAGCUGCAGCUAUGGUGAUUCCGGUUACCGUCCUUUUCUUCAUUACGUGCUCACCACUUUUCAAUUAGCGCUUCUUGAUCGUGAUCAACAUGCUCGUUGGCGGUGCCUGUCCAGACUGUCACUUUUCCAUCCUUCUAUUGCACUUCCUACGCUUACACAUGGACACUCUGCUGCGAUAUUUAUUGCCUGUUCCCUGCUCUGUCUUCCUGCCGUGCAUGCACUCACGCUCCCUCUCCCUGUUUUGCUCGUGCCAUUUUGUCACUGGAACUUUGUUCCAUGUCUAUCCAUCCUGUGUCCGCUUACUGCGCUCAACUUGGACGAGCGGAUAUUAAUCGUAGUGCAUGAUUUGCCCUAAGAUCUACGCGGUGUAGCUGUUUGUUGGAGCCAGGGAAGUCUGUUAAGUACGUUUGAUUCGUCUCCUUCCUCUUCCUUAUGUGUGCUCUCUGACUGACAGUGCAAGUGGAGCGGCUCUGUUUCGUUGGAAAAGUGAAACAAAGUACUUCUCUCCAGUGCCGGUGCACAAUGGAAAGCUCCCUCCAGUGGCAAGCUCUCUCAGGGAAACAAUGGGGUUGGCUUUCUUCAUCGUCUUUUCCUGUUCAGCACUUUCUGGAUCCAUUUUGACGCUUCCAGUACUCGUAGUGAAUAGUCCUGCUGCUGCUGCUGCUGCUGCUGUUUAUAGUGGUCGUUCUUAGACUCUGUGUUGACUACCGAUUCGAUCCAUCUCGACCAGAGAUGGGUCAUGAUUGAGUGACAGUUGGCAUCGUAGGUGUAGUAUGGCCUGACCAUAUCGCUGCGUUUUGAAGCAUGUGCGGACUGGGCUGGUGAUCCUAGUCUCCAAGUCGGUCCAGACACGAGGCUCAUCACACCAUCUUCUUUGGUAGGACCAAAGCUGUUGCUGUUGGCAGGCUCUUAGGUUGAAUGGUCCGUUUAUCAGGUGUUUAAUUGUUCCCUAUCACCUCAUCCCUCCAUCCCUCCAUCCCUCCAUCCCUCCAUCCCUCCAUCCCUCCACCCCUCCAUUGCUCUUUCCCUUAUCUGAUUUGAUGUUUUUCAAUGCGACGUGUUUUGAUUUGAAUUGAUUUGUUUUGCAAUCGGUUGACUUUCCCAACUUCGAUUCACAAACUCCGAAUUCUUUCGUCCAAAACUCCUCCUCCUCUUCAUCCUCAUCCUCCUUCCCCCCCCCCCCCCCCCUCCCCCCCCUCCUUCUUCUUCUGGCUGCCCCAUGUGUUGUUGAUCUGCUGCUGCUCUGCGUGCUCUUAGUCUUGUUGUUCCACAUGUUGUUCAUGCCGCUGCUGGUGCUAUACACCCCCAUGUGCUCUUUUUCCCGGACUCUAUGCCAUGCUGCUGCUGCUACCCAACGUCUGCCUUGCACUGUUGUGCCUUGUUGACUCUCUGAGGAGGGACUAUCACAAACCAUGCACUAUUGUGCUCGAUCCUUUGCUGCACAAUGGUACGAUCCACCUCUUUGAGGGACUUGGCUGCAACACUGUCCACCUCGUUAUUGAUAUGUGUCGCCUCCUGCGACCACAGGCUCAGUGCAGUCGAUGACGAAAGGCAGAUCCUUGUCCAGGCUAACUGGGUUAAUGAUUGGAGUGAACCUUGCGAUGCUGUCGCUCUCAUGUGGAGACUCACCACCGCUGGAUCAAGGUGGACGCAGCCGGAAGUUCCUCCUCGUCCUCUCUCUUCAUCCUCGCCAUUUCGGCUUUGCUCUUCCCGUCGCGUGUCGAUUGCCUUUCCUUUUUCCGCAUGUUUUCCUUUCCCAGCCUUAAUGAAGUCCUCGUUGCUGC